CCCGCGUGCUCUCCCCGCCCCUCCCUGCUCUCGGAGACAGAGCCACGCGCCCGAGCUCGCAGCCGCUCGCUGUCUCUCCCGGAGCUGCCGCCGCUGCUGCCACCGCCGAGAUGCCUCCCCCCGGCCUGGAGCUGAUGAGCGGCCGGGUGCUCCCGGCCUUCCUGCUCUGCAGCACGCUGCUAGUCAUCAAGAUGUACGUGGUGGCCAUCAUCACGGGCCAAGUGAGGCUUCGGAAGAAGGCUUUUGCCAACCCUGAGGAUGCUCAGAGACACGGAGGCCUCCAGUAUUGCCGGAGCGACCCAGAUGUGGAACGUUGUCUCAGAGCCCACCGGAAUGACAUGGAGACCAUCUACCCCUUCCUGUUCCUGGGCUUCGUCUACUCCUUCUUGGGGCCUGACCCCUUCGUUGCCUGGGUGCACUUCCUGGUCGUCUUCCUGGGCCGCAUGGUACACACCGUGGCCUACCUGGGCAAGCUGCGGGCGCCCACCCGCUCUCUGGCCUACACCCUGGCCCAGCUUCCCUGCGCCUCCAUGGCCCUGCAGAUCGUCUGGGAAGCAGCUCGCCACCUGUGACCAGCCGCUGACACUUCCUCGGCCGCCAGACCCCCGGCCACGAGCCACCGGGAGACCAGGUGCCCCUCUGAGAUUGUGAUAGGCCCCGGGGCCUGGUAUCCUGGCAACCAGCUGGAUUCCUGGGUGAAGCCACCGAUUGGAACUGUUUAGAGACCGGUUGUCACGACUGAUAGAAAAUCCUUCCACUUAAAGAACAGAGCAUGAAAAGUAUCCCUCCCUCUUCCUCCCCAAGUCUGGGAAGGGUGAGCAGAGACUCAGUUCAGGUUUCUGAACCUAACUACCCUCUGAAUGCAGGGCUGUAAUAAAUAAGGACUUCUCACCUGCAC